CCUCCCCAGUUAGCCCCCUGCGCAGGAGCGCCCUCUGGCGGCCGUUGUCGACCAGCGAGCAGGGCAGGAGCUGGGACCGCUCUGCUCCAGUGCAGGUUGUGGCCGCCGCCGCCGCCUGAUUCUGCGCACACUGAGCCCCAGAGUCGCUGUCAUUCUGCCGCUGCACGCACCGCCCGCCCCGGUCCCGGCAUGGCUUCUGGGGACCUGUACGAGGUUGAGAGGAUUGUGGACAAGAGGAAGAACAAGAAAGGCAAAUGGGAAUACCUGAUACGAUGGAAAGGAUAUGGCAGUAGUGAAGACACCUGGGAGCCGGAGCAUCACCUUCUGCACUGCGAGGAGUUUAUUGAUGAAUUUAAUGGACUCCACCUAACCAGAGACAGACGAGCCAAAACUGGUAAUAAACAGGCGGUGGCAUCAAAGCUCUUGCGAGGGACUACUGUGGACAAAAUGCCACACAGAUCAACAGAUUCAGGAAGAUCCAGGGGGGCAUCACAAAAAAGGAGGAGGAUACAUUCAUUUCAGAAACAGAAGAAGGUGUGUUCUCCCAAGUAUUCUCCCGGGGACAGGUCUACAAAGACAUUAACAUACAGAACUACUCCUAGUGGGCUGCAGAUUAUGCCACUGACCAAACCCUUGGAGAAUGGGAACCCCACUAAUCACACAGAGGGCAAGCACUUUGAGAAUGGCACCGAGCAAGAAAAAAAUUACCUUGAAGAUGACAAAGGGACACAAGUUUUGCCAAGCUGCCUGGAGGUCUGUGACUCGCCCAUAGUCAACGGAAUCGAUGAAACAUUGACAAAUGGAGGACUGACCCCGCACAGCCCGCUCAAGAGGAAACUAGACUUGGAGAAGGACUGCAUGUUUGAUAAGAGACUGAGGUACAGCGUCCGUCAGAAUGAAAGUAGCUGCCGAUUCCGCGACAUAGUCGUCAGGAAGGAAGAUGGCUUCACUCACAUCCUUCUGUCCAGUCAGACGUCUGACAACAACUCCCUGACACCUGACAUUAUGAAAGAGGUCCGACGGGCUUUGUGCAAUGCUUCAACUGACGACAGUAAGCUCCUGCUGCUCAGCGCUGUUGGCAGUGUUUUCUGCAGCGGUCUGGAUUAUUCCUACCUUAUCGGGAAGUUAUCUACAGACAGAAGAAAAGAAAGCUCAAGAAUCGCAGAAGCUAUAAGGGAUUUUGUAAAGGCAUUCAUCCAGUUCAAGAAACCAAUAGUGGUGGCCAUCAAUGGCCCAGCCCUUGGCCUGGGGGCGUCCAUCUUACCUCUAUGUGAUAUAGUGUGGGCGAGUGAAAAGGCCUGGUUUCAGACUCCAUAUGCUACUAUCCGCCUGACUCCUGCUGGGUGUUCCUCGUACACUUUUCCUCAGAUACUUGGCGUAGCUCUGGCAAAUGAAAUGCUGUUCUGUGGAAGGAAGCUGACCGCACAAGAGGCAUGUAGCAGAGGGCUGGUGUCCCAGGUGUUCUGGCCCACAACAUUCAGUCAGGAGGUCAUGCUCCGAGUGAAAGAAAUGGCUGCCUGCAGUGCUGUGGUAUUAGAGGAAUCCAAAUGUCUAGUGAGAAGCUUCCUCAAAUCCGUGCUGGAGGAUGUGAACGAGCGAGAGUGUCAGAUGUUGAAACAGCUCUGGAGCUCCCCCAAGGGCCUGGACUCUCUGUUCAGCUACUUACAGGACAAAAUCUAUGAAGUCUGAUUCCAGCAGCAAGUCAGACUGGAGAAAAGUUUUUUUUCUUCCGUCUUCGCGCCUGCCGUAACCUUGAAUGAUGUCUGGGACACUGUUGUGAAAGUUCCCAGAAUUAUGCAAUGAGGUAUUCCAAGGAAUCUGUCCUACUGCUUCCACCUGAUUCUUUAAUUUUUCUCGUUACAUUAAGUGGUAUCGGCUGUUGAAACCAUACACAAUGUACUUGAUGAUGAAACUUCCAUCCCUGCAAAAAAAAAAAAGUAACAUUCCAUCUGCCACAAAGCACCUUCUUUUCAGCAGAAUUUCUUACUGUGAUGAUGACGCAAACAUUCGAAAACUUAGUUGAAGUAAUAAUGUGAGAAUUGCACUUUGUAUCUAUUUUGGUUGUUUUUUUGUUUUUUAAUUAUUCCUUCCUUGUACUUACAUAUUGGAUGAUUUGUGUGUAUAGUUGGGUUUUCUCUUUGUUUUCCUGUUUGGUCGUGUAGCCUGAUAAUUUAUUGAAUUUAUGUUUGGAACGGGUAGAGAUGGAAGUUUUUUUUGCCACUUCUGCCCAUCUGAUAAGUAAUAAUAAUAAUAUUACAGAUAAUAAUGCAAGACGCAUUGACCUAUGUUGUGCCACCAAAAACAGGACUGAAAGGGAGUCAUGUUACAUGAAGUGGCAUGGUCGCCUUUUACUUGAGUAGUGAGGAAAAACAAAAUGGUGUUUUUGUGUUUAUUAAAGGAGAACACCGCCCAAAGCUUAAGGAUGUAUGUUUAGGUUAUAAUAAGGGAAUACGUUACUGGUGGAUCUGUGUUGUUGUUUUUUUACAGUAUGGCAGGUUGUUUUCCCAGCAUGUGAAGUCACAUUUUGCCCUCUUCUGUUCUUCUGAAGGUACCCACAGACCAGCCUACAACCCGUGGUUCUCCAGCUGCUUCGAAAUUCCAUGCUGGAAGUUGUAGCUGGAGAGCUACAAGCUGGAGGUGGUUCCACGAAGAGGAAAAGUUAUGGCCAGAUAUAUUCACAUAAUAAGGUUGUGCAGAUAAGCAGAAGAAAACUGUUAAAUCUCCUUCCAUGGUAUCACCUUCCCAGGUGGCAUCUGGUAAUACAACGGGAGGCUGGUACUGGACAAAAAAGAAGACACCCUGUAGAAGUAUAAGAUACUUGUAGAUUUUAUUUAAGGUUACAAUUGCUUUAUUGGCCAAAACACAUGACAAUACAUAAAAUUAAAUGGGAUGGCCCAUCCGGGACAUUGAUGGCAUAUCGCAAUGUCGGAAAGGGACCCGUUUCUAUCUAAAGAACAGGACCCCCCAAAGUGAAGGAGAGCACACCGAACAUCCAUGAUGUGCUCUCCAUUCAUGGCUAUCGGAGUUCCAAAAAAUAUCUGGACGAGCUGCUCUGCUAUUUUCGGGAGUCCCACAGUAGUGCAUGGAGAGUGGGCGCACAUGCGCAACUGCUCAUUUUUGGAGGGGGUCCAUUUCUGGGGAUAGAUUUGGGUCUGAGAGAUGGGACCCACACCUAUCUGGUAUUGAUGGCAUAUCCUAGAGAUAUGACAUCAAUGUCCGAGAUGGGAAUACCGCUUUAAAUGUGAUGAUCAUGUCUACUGGUAAGUUUAUUUCGUGAAGACUAUUGGUCCAGUACCAGUUUCAUAGUUAAUGGUUCUCCGAUCCAACCAGUUCAACCACAGUCCACUUCUCCUCUGGUGCCAUAAGAUAGUCUCAGCCCUUACCUUUGUGUAAAAUAGAGAUGGACCAGGUUAGAUGUUUCACCGAUGAUUUUCCCAAAAAUGGAGCUGUCUCACUGCCCUCCCCUCUCUUGCUUGUAUGUGCAACCAUCUGUGUUGUCCCUUGUCAUGAAUGGGGACCCUUAACCACAUCACCACGACCUACUUGAAGGAAGCAAGGCGCGGCAUGCUAGUGAAGAGAGCAAAUUGUGAAAGGAGAUGUCUGGCCAAUCAAGGUUCAGAAUGGCAUACACGGCUGAAGUAAGCAACCUGGUCUCCUGUCAUAUUUUUUUUGUUAAAUGUGUGGGGCAAGUAGUAAUUUUUCAAUAUACUUUCUUUAUUGGUUUUGCAUUUUUUAGGAAAAAAACUGACCCUGAGUUUGAUAUUUGGCAGU